AUGACUGGGAACAAUUUCACUGAGGUGACUUUCCUCAUCCUCUCUGGAUUUGCAAAUCACCCUGAGCUACAAGUCACUUUCUUGAUGUUCCUUUUUAUUUAUCUAUUCACUGUUUUGGGAAAUCUUGGGUUGAUUAUGUUAAUCAGAACUGACUCUCAGCUUAACACACCUAUGUACUUUUUCCUUAGGAAUUUAGCAUUCAUUGACAUAUUUCAUUCCUCUGCUGUAACAACCAAGGCACUGGGGAAUUUCCAGUCAAAACAGAAAACCAUCUCCUUCAUUGGGUGCUUUCAAAUGUGCUUUGUUGUGGGUUUAGUAUGUAGUGAGUGUUUUCUUCUGGGAUCAAUGGCCUAUGGCCUCUGUGUUGCAAUCUGCAAUCCCUUACUGUGUUCAGUGAUUACGUCCCAGAAAGUGUGUAACUGUCUGGGAGCAAUGCCAUAUACAGUAGGCUUUACCAGUUCUCUGAUGUCCAUCUGUGUGAUCAGCAGUUUGGCUUUCGGUGAUACCAGCAUCAAUCACUUGUUCUGUGACACCACAGCUCUUCUGGCCCUGUCCUGUGUGGAUACAUUCAGCACAGAAGUGGAGAUCUUUGUUUUGGCUGGGUUCACCCUUCUUAGCUCUCUCUUCAUCAUCAUCAUCACUUAUAUUGUCAAUGUCUCAGCCAUCCUGAAGAUCAAGUCUGUAUCAGGCAGACAGAAGACCUUUUCCACCUGUGCAUCCCAACUCAUGGGUGUGACUAUCUUCUAUGGGUCCCUGGUUUUCACAUAUUUGCAGCCUGAUAACACACCAUCCUUGACCCAAGCACAGGUGGCAUCUGUAUUCUAUACUGCUGUCAUUCCAAUGCUGAAUCCACUCAUCUAUAUUUUGAGGAAUAAAUAUGUAAAAAGUGCUCUCCUUAGAGCCAUACAAAGAAGACAUUCUGCAUGA